AUCUCACGAACCAGAUCCUCAUCAUGCCACAUCGGCAUAUGCAAUCUUAAGUCUCGUAGAUUUGCUUAUUUCUUCAUCACAUACUGAAGUCGUUUUGAUUUUUGUUUCUCAAAAACAAUGGCAGCAAGUGCAUCUCCAAUGGCGAGCCAGCUAAGGAGCAGCUUAUCCUCCACUUCAAUUGCUAGGCGUCUAGCCGUCCCUAAGGGAAUCUCCGGCCCUUCUUUCGGCGUAUAUCCGACCAAGAGAAUCUCUUCCUUCACCGUCCGAGCUGUUCAGUCCGACAAGCCAACAUUUCAAGUGGUCCAACCAAUCAACGGCGAUCCAUUCAUCGGAAGUUUGGAGACUCCUGUAACGUCAAGCCCAUUGAUUGCGUGGUAUCUUUCCAACCUCCCGGCUUACCGCACCGCCGUCAACCCUCUCCUCCGUGGUGUCGAAGUGGGCUUGGCACAUGGUUUCCUCUUAGUGGGCCCAUUCGUCAAAGCUGGCCCAUUAAGGAACACUGCUUACGCUGGUUCUGCCGGCUCCUUAGCCGCCGCUGGGCUUGUAGUCAUCCUCAGCAUGUGCCUCACUAUCUACGGAAUCUCUUCGUUCAAGGAAGGAGAGCCUUCGAUUGCUCCGAGUUUGACGUUGACUGGGCGGAAGAAGCAGCCCGAUCAGCUUCAGACAGCUGAGGGAUGGGCAAAAUUCACGGGAGGGUUCUUCUUCGGAGGGAUCUCUGGUGUGACUUGGGCUUACUUUCUCCUCUACGUUCUUGACCUUCCUUAUUACGUCAAAUGAAUGUAGUUCAAAAUAUGAGCUUCACCAGUAUGUUAUCUACAGAGACUCUCUUGCACCAUUGUUUCUUUUUUACUUUUGUCUGAGCAAGAAUCUUGAAUCUCAGGGUCGUCUUUGUAUAAUACUAUGGAUCUCCUCUUAAAUAUUUCUUGGUCUUUAUUCACAUAA